AUGGAUCAGAAACGCGUGUACAAGUUAGUGCUGACCGGAGGACCAUGUGGUGGCAAAACUACCGGGCAGACCAGACUGUGUACCUUCUUCGAGAACAUGGGCUGGAAGGUGUUCCGUGUCCCCGAGACAGCGACCGUGCUGCUCAGUGGCGGCAUCAAGUUUACAGACCUGAACGCGGAAGAGGCAUUCAAAUUUCAGGAAAAUCUUUUGCGUACGAUGAUACAAAUAGAGAACACAUUCUUCCAACUGGGUGAGAGCUGUUCGAGGAAUUGCCUGAUUAUCUGUGAUCGCGGGGCGAUGGAUGCCUCCGCUUUCAUUUCGAAAGAUAAGUGGGAGCUUAUGAUGGCCUCAAACGGAUGGCACAACGUCGAAUUAAGGGACAACAGAUAUAACCAGAUCAUCCACAUGGUCUCGGCCGCGAACGGUGCCGAAGAGUUCUACUCCACGGAAGAUCACGCGUGUCGCUCUGAGGGUGUCGAGCUUGCCCGUGAACUCGAUUACAAGGCCGCGGCUUCCUGGGUCGGUCAUCCGUACUUCGAUGUUAUCGAUAACUCGCAAGAUUUCGAAUCAAAAAUCUGCCGGAUGAUCGAAUGCGUGUGUCAGAAACUGGGCAUCGACACCGGCGACCGGUUGCGCGCCAGCAGUCGCAAGGUCAAGUUCCUCGUGAAAGCACCGCUGCCGGCAGACAGCGAGUUCCCGCCCUUCCAGGAUUUCGAUGUCGUGCAUAAUUAUCUCCAGAGCAACAAUCCCAAGAUGCAGGCCCGUCUGCGCAAGCGCGGCCAGAAAGGUCACUGGUCAUACAUUCACACAAUUCGUCGACCGAAGAUAUGCGGUCAAGUAAUCGAGGUGAAGACCCAACUGACGCAUCGAGACUAUCUAAACAUGCUGGCUCAGCGGGACGAUUCGCAUUUUACCAUUUUUAAGCGCCGUCGUUGCUUCCUCAUCAACAAUCAGUAUUUUCAGUUAGAUAUUUACAGGGAACCAGCACAUCCCAGAUGUCGAGGUUUGAUGUUACUCGAGACAUAUACAGCGUUGACGGGUGAUGAACUAGAAAACAUUCUGCCUCAAUUCCUGACAAUCGAGAAGGAAGUCACUGGCAAUCCAGAUUAUAGCAUGUUCAACCUCAGCUUACGCGAGGAAUGGAAUAGCACCAACAAAUAUUGUCAUAAUUUGCACGGUGCUAUGCAAUUGGCAGAGACCCAGAGCAUCCCAAUAUCAAAGAAUCUAACAACUGAGAUACAAAGCAAUGGACUUGAUUGCAAAACGAAUAGCGCAUUGGGUUCCAUUACAAGUCGUCAACAGAUAAUCGUCAGUAAGAACGUCAAUAGUACCCAAAAUGGUUUGACGAACGGUAAGGCGACAUUUGCCGAACGAUGUAAUAUAAAUGGCGAUGGCCGAGAGCCAGAAAUUUGCAAUGGCAAUUCAGCUAUGAGGUCGGAUGAAAGUUUACGAGAAUUAAAGAUAGAUGAAUCGCAGAAGAACGGAUUUGAUAAUAUAUUCUAAUGGAGAAACAUGCAGAAAAUUAAGGAACAAUUAAGUUUCUAAAUAAUUCCGGCUGUAGCAGAGAGGAGAAGAGAGGGACUUAACGUUGUCAGUAUCGGCGCGGAUUAUAAUUAAUAUUGAGCAAACAACUAGUGCGAUAGACUUCUAAAAUUUCACACAGAUAUCUAUUUUUUAAUCGAACUUGCGUGUCGUACUUAAGAAAUCUUUGUGGAGGAUUUUAUAACCGAUCUCAUCAACAUCGAUUGAGUUUAAAUCAAAAUCAAGACCUGAUAUAAAUUUUUUAACAAUAAUAAAAUUUUUAGAGUUUUA